CUUACUUAACCGGAUCCAUCGUUUUCCCAUCUAUUCUAAUUUCUAUAUGCCUGGCGGCGCACGCCACAGUAAGCGCGGAGGAACGGUAUCUACGACGGCGCUCCACCAAUCUCCUCUGAGGUAUCCCUUCUCACACACAAGCUUUUUUUCAUAUAAAAUGCAGAAUGGAAACCCUGGAAGACAAGUCAAUUUUUGAUUUGGAGAAAGAAAGUUUAAACAAAUUCAAACAUUUCAUGACAGGGUAUACAAAGAUUGAUGACUUGGGAACUGCUGGAAGCAAGCUUUUGUCCGGUUUUCAACAAGCAUUAGAGUUUAUUCGGAAGCCUCCUAUGGAUACAAAUUCUAAAUUAGUCAACAGCAUCAUUAAAGCUAAUGAAACUGGAAGACUUAAGUCCUAUGUCAAUUUCGAAUGUAAGAACCGCAAAGAUGUUGACCAGAAUGCAACCAAUUUGGGCUCAUGUAAACAGGGACUUCUUCUCCAGAUAAGACAAGUGAAGGUAGUACUUGAUGAACUUGAAGAUAUACAGGCUAAUGUACAAAAUGUUAUGCAUAGUAUACAUGGAAAACUAUCAUGCCUUUCAGAUUCGGAUAUUGAUUUUAAAAUGAAUGAGCAAGAGAUCUAUAAUGAUUCCACACAUUUAGCUGCCCUAAUGGUUGCCUUAUUUGGUAUGGUCCAGCAAGACUAUUUGAUGCAGGAAAGGAUUGUUUCUGCGUUAGAUCUGAACAUGUCACCGGAAGAACUUGAAAGCUACUGCCUAAUGUGGUCUUUGCGUCCCUUCAUAAAUGAUGAACUUGUGCAUGAGGCUUGGAAAUAUGUUCAAUGAACAAUCUUUCGUAUUGAUUGUAGCUAAGUUAAUUAAAAUCAGUUAAAAACGCAUAUAUUGUUUCCAAGCAAAUUUUAUAGCAAGCCUUGGUCUUCUCUGCGAAACCGAACACAAAGCAUCAAAAGAUUGGACCAGCUUCAAGAAUAUCUUCUGUCAAUUUGUUGUCUUCACCAAUCUUAUAGUCCGUGAAGGUUUCAAAAUUCUUCUUGAAUAAUCCUGCCAGCUUCAACAAUGUCUCAUUGUAUGCUGCUUUGUCUGACCAUUGCAAAAGAACAAAACAUCCAAUGCUUCUUUUUUUUUGAAAUGUGAUAGGCUUGAAUAUGUAAAGCGCAUGUUUUUUAUUUGGAAGUCUGAAACUGCAAGAAAACUGUUUUUGAUGAUGUCAAAACCAGUGUGACGGUGAUUUAGGUUGCCUCUACCGUGUUUGACUGUGAUUCUUUACAAUAUCAAGGAUUUCAUUGCGAUCAAAA